AUGGGUGCAGGUCAGUCCACUUUGGUAGCACUCUCGGCAGAUACUGUGAAUAAAUUCAAACCCAGCGCAAAACGGGACAAACGAGAUGAACACCACGAUGGGGCGAAAUACACUCGGGAGAACUACGACAAUUUCUACAAUUACAACCUUUUAGAACUCGUCAGGGGACAACGUGUCCCGCAUUUCUACCGCCAGCCACGCCGCAGGACAAAAGUGAAACUCAGGUUCAGGGACUCCCACACGAUACCCUUCAGAGUCCACAGUGUGGCGAUCCAGGGAACAGAUAUCACAUCCAAAUUGCAGCGUACAGGGAAGAUGGGGGGCUUGCAACAGAUCCCUCUGCAGUUUGAGGGAGAUUCCAGUGAGUGGGUCGCGCCAGACUUGUACUUACCCCCAGGGGAAUACAAAUUCCGGUUUGUGAUUAACGAUACUUGUAGCAUGCAUUCGGAGUACUUACCAAUACUCACAGUAGGCGAUGGCAUCGCAUACAACUAUUUUGUCGUUAUUGAGAAUGACGAGGUGGUAGAACCAGCUGUUGCCGCGGAUGCGCCAAUGGGUCAAGAUUCCCCCCUGGGAGCACGCGUAGAAUACACGAACGAAAUCCUGCCUCUAUUCGAGGGCUACUGUGACAGCCAGCAGAUCGACCACACCGCGCAAUACAAACCAAAGACACACAUGAACCAGAAAACGUUUUUCUAUUAUGCGUUCCAGGAACAAGACGCAGCGAGCGGGGACUAUGACGCCCAGUUCUGCGAAAGGUACACGGUGCCAAUAAUACCGCCUUACUUCUACAGCAUCGACAUCACACCACAGGAUAACACAUUGAAAGUCCCGCUGCCCAUCCAGCUUGCUAACCUAAACAGGACGAUUUUUCCGUCUCCGGAAGAUAUCUGCAAUGAUUACUUGUGUAUUGGCUGCGUCAUCAGUUACCGAGGAAAGUACAUGGCACACCUGUUCUACCGACCAUCACCCUGGGAAUAG